AUGGAUAGCGCCACGUGCAACGUAAUAUACGUUGACCGCAACGUGCGCGGCGACGCCCAAUUGACUGCGGCAUCCGAUCUGGAUACCAUAUUGGGCGAGUUCAGCGAUCUCCGGGCUAAUCUUUCGCUGCUUAUAGCUGCCUUCGGCGACGUCCACGUGUGUACGACGGGCGUCUCGUGUAUCGAGAGACUCCUUGACUUGCACGACACAACCACGGUGGAGCUGAAGCCCACGCUUGUACUAAUAGACGUCCCGCAUGACGAGCACACAGCAGGCUCGUUUUCUCCUUCGCGGGAUCCCUCACCCCAUUCGCGAGGAUCCACGGAAGCCUCACAGGACGAUGGUACGGAGAAAGAAGUGUACGGCCUCAGAUUGCUGGAGAAAGUGGUCUAUGAGACGCAUUCACGGAAUAUCGCAAGACUGGUGGUGCCCAUCCCCGUCAUCACCUUCCCACUGCUACAAACCCCGCCGCCACUGGAUAGCGCCAGCGAGCAGCCCGAAAACGCGCCCUACGCUGGAUAUCUGAGCGAAUCACCCAUCCCGGUGAACAGGAUAGUGACCAACAGAGCCUUGUUGAGAAGAUGUCUCGACUCCGGUGCGGUUGAAGUCAUGGCCAGCCCCAUACACAUCAAGACGCUGCCCACGCUCGAAGUUCACGCCUACCGGGCCCACAAGGAGGCCCUGAAGGAGCAGCAAGCGUUAUUGGAAAUUAGAAGAGGCCGCAAACGCUCGUGGGUCGGUGUCCAUGAGGAGAAGCCAUUCUCUUAUCUCCGGGAAGCAAUGGUCUCGGGCCUUAUGAGUGGCAUCUGCAGAUCUGGCGAGGAGAACGAUGCUCUCAUCGGUAGCGUGCGCCUUGGCGUGUCCUUGGAGCAAAAGGCCGCAAUUAUUGAAGCAGUAGGAAAUUGGCAUUUUGACGCACACGAGUUCGGUGAUGACCAGCUUGUCAUGGCUGCAAGUCUCAUGUUCAGGCAUGCAUUCUCGAUGCCCGAGCUGGAGCAAUGGCGGAUACCAACAGACACGCUUACAAGCUUCCUCGUGGCUUGUCGCGCAGCGUAUAACACGUUUGUUCCCUAUCACAACUUCCGCCAUGCUGUGGACGUACUACAGGCGACGUUCAAUUUCUUGGUUCACAUUGGUGCGCUACCGCCGUAUCCUUUACAGUCGGGCGCCGAUGUCACGCCAACUCCGAAGUCACCACUAGCUGCCUUGUUAAGACCGUUCGAGGCCCUGACGCUGCUGAUUAGCGCCAUCGGUCACGAUGUUGGCCAUCCAGGAGUCAACAACGGUUUUCUUGUCACACUGAAUGCGCCGCUGGCACAACUGUACAACGAUCGAUCAGUUCUUGAAUCAUUCCAUUGCGCCGCCUACUCGCAAAUCCUUCGAAGAUACUGGCCCAAGGUCUUCGAAAACACCAAAAUGCGGAGCCUCAUGAUCAGCUCCAUUCUCGCAACCGACAUGGGUCUUCACUUUGAUUACAUGGCUAAACUUGGCAGCCUUCAGGACAGGCUGCAAGAGCAUAAUUCGACCGAGGGGUGGAAUGGUAGAACAAUCGAGACCGAGACUGCCCUGGCAUGUGCGCUUCUUAUCAAGUGCGCCGACAUCAGCAAUGUGGCUCGGAGAUAUGACGCCGCUCUGAAGUGGAUGCACAUCCUAUGCGAUGAAUUUUCGCGGCAAGCAUCGAUGGAGGGCGAGAUUGGCAUUCCUUCUUCCCUUAUCGCGGAGCCCAAGAAGGACUUCUUGUCCCUGGCCAAAGCCCAGCUCGGCUUCAUGAACCUGUUUGCGAUCCCGCUUUUUCAAGGCGUCGCAGACGUCUUGCCGGCCAUGAAGUACACUGUUGAGGAGCUGGAAGGCAACAAGACGCUCUUCGAGAAGGCCAUCGAGGACCUGCCGGAAAUGGACGAGCAAAGGAGGAAGAUCCUGCAAGACGGCGCGCUGUCGCCUCGAACCAUGAGCAUGGCCGUCAUUGACCCUUCUAGCUCGCGGGAUUCUUCGUCCAACAAAACGUUGGAGGCUCCGGUACAGAGCAUCCCGGAACACCACGCCGAAAUGAAAAAGGCGGGCUCCUCACCGCCU